CUAUCACCUCCAUCGGCAAAGUGGUGAGUAGAUACUGAGUGAAUUUUUGUUUUUCGGUGAACUAUCCCUUUAAGUUAACUUUAUUAGAAAAGCAACCACAGAUUAUUCAGGUCAGAUAUAAAUGCUCGAAACUCGGCCUCCAUUUCCCUAGAGCCUUUGCGUGAAAACGUCACAAGAAGAGUUGCUUAGAAAUGCAUCCUGAUUGGACAAAACCAGAAGGGGGUGGAGCUGUGUUUACACAAGAUUGUACUUCUGGUCUGUCAAGUGAGAAGUGUGAGAUUGAUCCAGACCAGAAGUAAAGUAAUUUGCCUUCAAAAUAGAAGCAGCAAAAUAAAAGGAUUAAUCACAAUCAGAAAGAGACUAAGAGAAUUACAACAAAUAGUAAUACAGAAUAUAAACUCAUAUGUUAACAAGGGUUAAUAAUGAUCUUACAGUUGGAUCUGCUCAUUAUGUCUGUGUUUACAUGAAACUACUCCUAUAUUAGAUUUAUAUAUUAACUCUAUAUUUACCCAAAUCCCCCCAUAGCAAACCCAAGGCCUGAUUGUAUUCCAGCUUAGCCUCAUGAUUUUAGAAAAUUACUUUUAACAUUUCUUUAAAUCUACUUUGAAUGGCAAAUAUCAGCAGUAGGUGUUUAGUCUUUUCUCCUUUUUUAACCCUUUCUUUAUAUUCUCUAGUUUGAAUAUAACGGAUUUAUUCAUGUUUAGAUUAUUAACGUAUACCAGCACUGAACAUAACAAGCUGCUGGAUCAUUUGCUUAUUUGUUAAAAUUGUAAAUGUCGCUUUUAUCCUGAAAAGCUUCAACAGGAAGUCUGGUUUGAUAGUCCCCAGUGUGAUUGUGGGGACCAUGUUGCCUGAGUGGCUGCUCCCCUUGUGUUGACAUUAACCUGUGGCAGUGUAAAGUGCGGAUGAGCCGGUUCAUCCCUCGGUGACCAUGAUGUUCUGGAGCUCAGCAGCUCAGCGGGGAGGUGUGGUGCUCCUCCGCCGCUGGUCCCUCACUCUCCCCCGGUGUCCUCUACACACCUCACGGUCCUUCUCCACCUCUGUCCCCGCCGAGUGUCCCGCUCACCAGGGGGCGCAGCAGCCUGUCAGGCGGUGGGAUCUGACCGUCAGCCCCUUCGUCUCGGUGCGGGCUCGCCUCUCCUGCAGCAUCUCCAUCCGCCCGCUGGACCCGCACACCUUCCCGGAGGCCGACCGGGCCUUCGUCGCGGUCCACGCGGCGGACGGCGAGCAGGAGGUCGGUCUGGAUCAGCUACACGUGCGGUACGAUGACCGGAGCCGAGAGCUGCUCAUCUCUGCAGGGAAGGUGAACAGCAGCGUGUCCAUAGAGGUGGCUGCUCCCAUUAAAAGCAAUCUGUUCAUUACCACCGAAGGACGAGGCAACGUAAGUGUGAGGAAAAUGGAGUGUGACAUCUGCAAGGUGCAAACAGAGAGAGGGAACUGUUUGCUGGAAUCUGUCAAGAGUCAUCAGGUGGAGGUGCAGUCCAGUGGAGGACAUGUCACAGGUGUGGGCACCAUCCACGGCAACGUGGACAUCAGCACGCGAGGGGACAGUGCUGUGGAUGUCAAGAAGCUCCAGGGCACCAGGAUGAAUGUCUCUACAGAACACGGGCCCCUGAAGGUCAAAGCCAUCUAUGCCGAGUCCAGCUGCAUCUCCUCGUGCUCAGGCAGAGUACAGCUGGGCCACGUGCACGGUGACGCCUCCGUGAAGAACGUGUCAGGAGAUACAGUCAUAGAUGGUUCAAAUAGUUUCCUGGAAGUCUUCUCUCACAGCGGAGGCAUUGAUGUCUACGUGGGAGAUGGCGGCAGUGCUGUACUCCACAGCGAGGAAGGAGCUGUGUCUGUGCGCGUGCCAUCCUCGCUGAAAGCCGGGGUGGAGCUCUGUGGAGCGGCGCUGGAAAUCAGCCAGGAUGUUAUUCUGGACGGAGCAGAGAACAACACGGCUCAAGGCCAAACCACAGUUACUGGUUAUCUGAAUGGAGCGUCUCCAGUGGACCGGUGGGUGAAAGCUCGGGCUGACAGGGGAUCCGUCACCCUGAAGACACAGAGCUGGUUUGAGUCGUUGAAGCUGGGGAGCUGAGUUGUGACUGACAGGAUUUUUAUUUUCCUGCACCGAAGCUUCACACUUACUGACAGAGACGUUUACCUCACUGAUGCAUUCUACUCUCUGCUCAGGAUACACUGUGCUGUCGAUGAGGAAAUGAUGUCUAUAUAGUAUUUAACA